AUGUCGGAACCCCCGGAGAUUAUCACCACUCCAGUUGAAGGCCAGGCCGGGUCCAGCAUGUUUCAAGAAAGCUGGAGUUUCCUGGAAGACGUGAAAGUCGGUCGCUCUCCCCAGCCAAGGUUGGAUUGCUACCUCCUCCCUCUCUUGGUCGCUGGCUUUUUCGUCCUUCAGCUCGACCACAGCAACAUCAGCAAUGCCUUGACGGAUACCAUCACGGAGGACCUAGGAAUCACUAACAAUGAUCUCAUGUUCGCUGGUGUGGUCAUCGCAGAGAUCCCUUCCAACCUCAUCCUGCGGCGCGGGACCAUCGCCUUGACCCAGUCCUGGUGCACCAACACCCAUUCAUUCUUGGCCACAAGGUUCUUGAUCGGCGCGUUCGAAGGCGGGUAUAUUCCUGGCGGGCAGUAUAUGCUGGCUUUGUUUUAUACCCGUGAAGAGUUGGCGUCACGGACGGCUAUCUUCUACCUUGAUAACUACGCAGCCACGGCCACCGGGUCUCUUAUCGCAGCCGGGGUUAUGAACAUGGGUGGAACUGGGGGACUGUCUGGUUGGCAAUGGUUGUCCGCGGUCGAGGAGAUAAUCACACUGGUUGUUUUCCUCGCCCUUGUCGCUUUUCUGCCCCGUAGCCCCGGACACACAGCGCCCAUCCACGGGUUGUUUGACUUCUUUAGCCCUCGCGAACGCCAGAUACUCCGCGCGCGUAUAAUGGCCGACGACAAGACGAAGGGCGCCGAUAAGGCUCAGAUCACACUCAAGACGUUGGCCUAUGCCCUGACAUACUACAGCCUCUGGCUGCACAUGCUUCUAAAUGUCGUUGCCCUGGCACCCAAGGGCGGUCUGCAACUCCACGGCCCAAAGAUUAUCAAGAGCCUCGGGUUCUCCCGGACGAAUGCGAAUCUCCUCAACGCGGUCAGCAGCGUACUGGUGAUUGUGCUAUCGUGUACCAUCUCUUUCGCCUCGGACCGGACGCACUGGCGCGGGCCGUGGUGCAUCGUCGUCUUCUCCUGGUCCAUCAUCUUCGCAGGGGUGCUGUACGGUCUUCCCACGGGAUCGGACAAAUGGGCACACUAUGCCAUCUUUACGCUGCUCAGUGGCGGAAACGCCCUGGCCCAGGGCCUGGACGACGCCUGGGUGAGCAUCAAUGCCGUCAACCCCUCGAAGCGGAGCAUAGACCUCGUCAUGGUCGUGAUGGGCAGUAGUUUAGGUGCUAUUGUAGGCAACCAACUCUUCAGAGAUGACGACGCGCCAAAGUAUGCGAGAGCUUUCUGUCACUUUACGCGGUAGCAAUACCUGUGACGUUGGUCAUCAUGUGGGUAUGCUGGCGAGCAAACAGAAAACUAGCAUGUGCAGAGAAACUCGAGAUAGGUGGGCAGGUCAUUGUGCCUUCUGAAGGACGGAAAAGACGAUUUGAUUUCUAGAAUUUCGUUGGUUUAAUAGAUUAGUUCAUGUCAGAG